AUGGCCACUGAGCUCGAUCGCGUGAUGCAAGAUUUGGCUCUAGAAAGGGAGAAAUGCCAACGACUUUCGUUGGAAAACGGCCAAUUGAAGCAAGAAUUGGCCGCGUUGAGAAAGGAAAAAUUAGAGCUCGAGAAUGAGUAUGACAUGGAAAUGCUGAAUCUAAAGAUGCCGGACGAUUGCUUGCCUGGACUCGUUGCGGAUAAACUCGAGGGUCAACGCAUCACUUGUCCGUCGUGUGUCGAGCCAGACGGGACACAGAUUCUUCGAAAUCUUCGAAUCUGCGAGGAUCAUCUUAAGGCAAAACACAACAAAGAGCUGUUGGAUAUGUCGAAUGAGGAAUUGGAAUCGGCGAUAAAAAACGAGGCUUUUUGUACGCAUUGCUUUCAAAACUCACAUCGAAUGUGCAAAGGGGAAAUGCCGAAUUUAUUGGAUUUGAAGAAGCUUUUUAAAGGCCGAAAGAUGUUAGAAUACUUGGAGGCAUUGAACGCUGAGGGAAGGGUCGGCAAAAUGACGGCAAGGAAGAGCGUUGCAGUGAGGAAAGAGGAUUUAAUCGCUAAAGUGAAACAAAUGAUGAAAGCUGACGUGAAAACUUCGGAUGUUGACGCUUCUGUGACUCAAUUGGCAAAAAAGAUUCAAGAUUUCACGAAAACUGUUCUUGAUUUCGAGAAAAAUAUCGAUUCCGUUUGUAUGAAGAUGGUCGAGAUCAGGACUAUGCCGUCGUUUGCAUGGCAAGAUACCCGCCAUUUGAUGGAGAUGGUCGAGCACCGCAACAGAAUGCUGGGCUUUUCCAUUUUUGUGAAUAAA